CUCCACCCCCGUAAAUGAUAGCAAUUAAAACUGAAAUGUAAACAAAAUCGAAACAAAUAACAAUUGAUUUUGUAGAAAAUAAAUAAAAUGACUAGUCAUAGACUGAAUUUUUCAUUCGUCUGAAAAACAUCUAAUUCGUUGAUUUGGGUAAAAAUUUAAAAUAUGUGCGGAAGAAGAAUCUUAUCCAGUCUUAUUACUCUAAUACAAUAACAGACAUGUGGACUCCAACCAAAACAAACAAAUAUGGAGUUGUUAUAUACAACUGGCAUGGAGAUAAUCCGUAUGGUUUACAUCUUGAAAUCGGAGAUACUGUCCAGAUCCUUGAACAAUGCUGUGGUUGGUACAGAGGAUUUGUUACUAAAAAUCGAUCAGUAAAGGGUAUAUUUCCAUCUACCUAUAUUCAUUUGAAGCCCUGUCGUAUUGAAAAUGAGGGAAGUUUUGAAACAGUUGUACCACUGGAAGAUAUGGUUGUCCGAGAAGUGUCAUUGGUUUUACGUGAUUGGAAUUGUAUUUGGAAGUCAUUAUAUGUGGAACGGGAAACAUAUAAAUUUAUUACAUUACGAAAAGUAAUGCGAGAGUUACUUGAAUGGAGAAAACAAUUAUUAACUGGAACAUUAACUCAAGAUCAAACAAGAGAACUAAAAUUAAAGACAACUGCAAAAAUUGAUUGGGGAAACAGAAAACUGGGAUUGGAUUUAGUUCCUAGGUGUGGUGCCGAGAUGGUUGAUCCAGCUACAAUGAGUGCCGUAGAGCUUUACAAAGUCCAUGUUCAAAGUUCGGAAAACAUUCAAGGUGUAUCGGCACGAGGGACGAUAAGAAGACCUAAAGAUACAUCUAAAAUUCAAACACGUCAUAUGUUUAUGUGUAUGCGAGACUUUGGUUACCAUAUUGGGGAAGAAACCGAAGUAUAUUUUUCACUCUACGAUGCCAAAAACUUUAAAUUCAUCAGUGAACGAUUUUUAGUAAAAAUUUCUAAAGAAGGCUUUUCCAAUUAUAUUGAAAAAUUACACAAUAAUUGUACGAUUUUUACGGAACUCGGGCUGCAGGACUUGUCGCGCGAUCUUUACAUCGUAGCUCACGUAAUGCGCAUCGGUAAAAUGGUGUACUCCGAGUCGUCCAAAAAAGUGUCUCUGUCGUCGUCGUCGUCGUCAUCGUCAGCGCAGACACCGGUGUCCUAUUUCAAACGUCCGCUGGGGGUUGCAGUCCUGAAUAUCGGCGAAAUGCUGACCUCGAACAACAGCGGCGGCAGCGACGAGCGGGAAUUCACGUUCCGCGUGUUCCAGACGGACGAAAAGGACUUCUGUCAGCUGCACGACACACUGAUCCGGAAACAGAACAGCAAGUACAGCCCGCUGUCCAGCCACCCCAACUACGGUAUCGUCAUAUCACUACGGAUAUUAGACGGUGACCUACGACAGGUGCGUGAAGAAAACCCACUGGCGUUCAAAAACGUGUCGACCACGAAAAAAAUGGGUUUCCCCGACGUGAUAAUGCCAGGACACGUGAGGAACGACUUGUACCUGACCUUGGAGAGAGGCGAGUUCGAAAAGGGCGGCAAGUCGACUGGCAAGAACAUUGAAGUAUCUGUUGUCGUCCUCGACUACGAGGGUAACGUUGUCCCGGAUUGCAUAUGGGGCGCAUCGGGAACGGACUCGUUCGCCGAAUACCGUUCGAUGAUUGUUUAUCAUCACAAUGCUCCGUGUUGGAUGGAGACCAUUCGGCUGGCCGUGCCCAUUGAGAAGUACAACAUCGCGCACAUACGCUUCGAGUACAGGCACUGUUCUACUCGCGACAAAGCGGAUAACAAAAAACUGUUCGGCAUAUCGUUCGCGCGGCUGAUGGAACCCGAAGAGGCUACGCUGCAAGACGGCAUUCACGAAUUGUUUGUCUACCGUUGCGACGAGCGCACCAAACUUCACCCCGAUGACUACUUAGGUCUAGCCGCUAGUGUACACGAAUCAUCUACUUGGAGCAGUUCACCGGAACCUGGUUCUGUGUUCUCGUGCAGCCAUAAAGAAAUAGUGACGAUUCGCACAAUGUUGUGUUCAACAAAAUUGACGCAAAACGUGGAUUUGUUGUCAUUAUUGCAAUGGAAAGAACACCCUCAUCGGAUUCAAGAAGCCCUGACGCGAGCUUUACGGCUGGACGGAGAAGAACUUGUGAAGUUCUUGCAAGACAUAUUGGACGCUCUCUUCUCGAUGUUUUCGACAGACGAUGGCAAUUCAACCAUCCACUCUGGACUUGUAUUUCACGUUCUAGUCAGCAUUUUUAGUUUGCUUUAUGACAGUAAAUUUGAACAUUUUAAACCAGUGAUGAAUGCUUACAUCAAAGAACAUUUUGCCGCAGCUUUAGUAUAUAAAGGGUUAUUAAGUAGCGUCCAACAUUGUGCUGAGCUAGUUAUGUCAACAGACCGCCAAGAGCCGAUACAAAAAUGUUUCCGUUCAUUAGAAUAUAUUUUCAAAUUUGUUAUUCAGUCUCGCCUAUUAUUUUCUCGUGCAACUGGUGGCCAGUUUGAAGAUAGUUUCCGUUAUGAUGUACAUCGUGUGUUUGCUUCAUUGGACAAAAUGCUGUGUUCAUCUUUUGAAAUGAUUUUACCUACUCAAAUUGCAUUAUUGCAAAGUGCAAGUGCUGUGUUUGACCAGUUAGUUCAAGUGUUACCAGUCAUUGAGGUAGCCAAACUUGGAGUAUCCAUGUUAGAUUGCUUGCCAUCUCGUGAUCUACCUACACCAUUAACCCAAGCUAAAUUAGGUGCUAUUAAAGAUUUGGUAGCUGGAAAGGUGUUUAAAGAUGACGAAGCAAGAAAUUUGUUAUUGAUAACAAUAUGUAAACAUCUAAGACACCAUAUCAGCGCUAGAGAAGAAAUUCAACUUUGUACAGAUAUUCUAGGAGAAAUUUUAACAUUUCUAUUCCAUUUAAAUCGUUCCCACGACAGUAGCAAGGUCAACAUAUGUUUUCGCCGCGAUUUAGAAAUACUGAGUCUUAGUACAUUAGACAUGUUAAUUGAAACAUGUCUUAUUGUAAUUGAUAGAAUGGUGUCUGUAUUGGCUAAUAUGGUUGCAUGCUUAAUUUCUUUAUUACAACUUCUUGAUGAUUAUCAUUAUAAACGACUUUGGGAAGAAUUAGGUGAUCGUAAACCAUUAAAAGAUUUUCUAUUAAGAGCAUUUUUAUUGUUUAGACAUCUAAUUAAACAUGAUGUAUUUCCAACUGAUUGGAUGGUUAUAAAAAUGACUACUAACAAUGUAAUUCUAGCAGCUUUACAACAAUUAGCAAAACCACUAGUGUUUUGCUUCUUAGAGACAUGGCCACAUUUUGAUUACCAAGUUUGGUCCACUUAUUUUAAAUUAGCUGUUGCAUUUCUCACUCAACCAGCUCUUCAGUUGGAAACAUUCACUAUUGUGAAACGAACAAAGAUUAUUGAAAAGUAUGGUGAUAUGAGAGUACUUAUGGGAUAUCAAAUACUGUCUGUAUGGUCUAAGCUUGGUGACCACAAGAUAAAUUUUAUACCAUCCAUGGUGGGACCAUUUCUAAAAGUAACUUUGGUGCCAGAAGCUGAAUUACGUAAGGCUACACUUCAUAUAUUUUUUGAUAUGAUGGAAUGUGAACAACGAGCUCGAGGCAAUUUCAAAGAAGUUGAAUCAGAACUUAUUGACAAAUUAGAUUAUUUGAUUAGUGAAAACAAAGGUGACGAUGAGUAUCGACAACUUUUCAAUACUAUGGAAAAUUUAAGUAUAGUACUAUUAGAGAGAGUACAUCAAGAAGAACAGGAUGGAAGUUGGCAAGAAACUGGUUCAGUGUUCAUUCAUUCUGUUACACGUUUAUUAGAACGACUAUUAGAUUAUAGGAGUGUGAUGCGCGGUGAUGAUAAUCGUGACAAACGUAUGUCAUGUACAGUGAACUUGUUGAAUUUCUACAAAAAUGAAUUUGAUAGAAAAGAAAUGUACUUAAGAUAUAUUUAUAAACUUCAUGAUUUGCACGUUUCUGCUGAUAAUUUUACUGAGGCUGGAUUUACAUUAAAACUUUAUGCUGAUCAACUAACUUGGACAGAUGGACCAGUACUACAAGGUGAUCCAGCGACUUCAAUUUGUCAAUGGCAAAGAAAAGAACAGCUAUAUCAUGAAAUUAUACAAUACUUCGAUAAAGGAAAAUGUUGGGAAAAAGGACUACCUCUAUUAAAAGAGUUAUCAGAUUUCUAUGAGAAACGACUAUUUGAUUACACUAGAUUAAGUGCAGUAUUGAAAACACAAGCCAAAUUCUAUGACAAUAUUCUGACUCAAUUACGACCUGAACCAGAAUAUUUUAAAGUUGGAUUUUAUGGACAAGGAUUUCCACUUUUUGUUCGGAAUAAAGUUUUUAUUUAUCGAGGUUUAGAAUAUGAACGAAUGGAAGCUUUUACUCAACGAUUGCAAACUGAAUUUCCAACUGCCCAACUUUUAACAAAAAAUAGUCCACCAUCGCAGACAAUUUUACAGUCUGAUGCUCAAUAUAUUCAGAUUUGCAAUGUAAAACCGUUUCCAGACAUUGGACCACCUUCUUCUGACAAACCUUUAGCUAUGAUUCCUGAAAAAGUUGGACGUUUUUAUGAAGUAAAUGAUGUAUGCACUUUCCAAUUGGAUAGACCUAUGCACAAAGGUCUGGUAGAUCGAGAUAAUGAAUUCAAAAGUCUUUGGCUGGAACGUACUAUUUUGAUUACUAGUGAACGUCUGCCUGGUAUACUUCGAUGGUUUGAAGCUAUAAGUACAACAACCGAGGAAGUGCCCCCGAUUAAAUUUGCUUGCGAAACUAUAGAUUCUGUUAACAAAAAUUUAAAACUUAUUAUUAAUCAGUAUACAAACGAGCCAAAAAGAAACAUUAAUCCAUUAAGUAUGAGACUUCAAGGAACAAUUGAUGCAAAUGUUAUGGGUGGUAUAUCGAAAUACCAGUCAGCAUUCUUUUCUCAAGACUUUGUUCAAAAUAAUCCUCAAUAUUACUCACAUGUUUUACAUUUAAGCUCAUCCAUAAAUCAUCAAAUUGAAAUAGUAGAAAAUGGACUGUUAAUUCAUGGUCAAUUGGCACCGCCUGAAGUACAGCCUCUUCAUCAUCGUUUAGUCGAACGUAUGGUACAACUGAAACAGAAUUUAAGAGCCCCACCUCCACCAGAAAGCAUAAUAAAUACCCCAUUACCACCAAUACCAUGUGUAUCAAUUGAUAAUAAUUUCCAUUUUCGUUCUACUGAAGAAUAUACAAAUACCGUUACUUAUUUUGAUGAGCGACGUGAUGAAUAUGAAGAUAUAUAUAGCAAGACAUUUGAUCUACCAGAUGCAUGUGCUCCAAUAGUUCCACAUAGAGAAAAUCGGAUUAAAUCUGAAGGAUCCUUACCAAACAAUAAGAUAAAAGCUGAUCCAAAAUCAAAUACUUCUUGGAAACCAGGAAGUCCCAAUUUGCAAAGGCACUCUGUAGAUAGCAAUGUGAGAAAUUCAUGGCCACUUGAAGAUAGUUCUCCACCACCAUUACCUCCAAGAGCGCCAGAAAGAAGAACCAGUGAUGCUCCUCCAUUACCACGAAGAUUACCUUUGCGCCGUGAUUCUGAAAUUACUGAUAUUAUGGAUACACCUGUGUUACGUGAUUCAGGUUAUUCAGAAUCUUUACAUUCGGCAUCAUAUGAAGAAUUUGUACUACCUUCAAUUGAUAGAGAUAAAACACCACCUCCAUUGCCGCCUAAGAAUAUACAAUCUCAACCUAAUUCUGAGCCAAAUGAACUCCCAAUUUUGGAAAAUUACUCUGUUCCUGGAGCAAUGAGGCGCUUGGAAUCCAGCCCCUAGUCAUAUACAAGACUCAUAUUAUAGAACUGGUGCCAUGAUAUGCAUAAAUGUAACUAUUAUUUAAUAUGAAUUAAGUUAUUCUUAAAUUAUUUUUAUACUACAUGUCUACAUUAUUGUAUUAAUGAGUGUGUUUUGAUGUUUUAAUUUUAUCAUAUAUAUUUUAACAGUACUCUUUAUGAUUUAAGUUAAAAAUUAGAAUGUAAUUUGAUCAGUGUUUUUUGUGUGUGUACGAGCAUCACUACUUAUUCCUAUUAAUCCUAUCCAAUUGGCUAUUUUCAUACACUUAACGAUUAGAUUUGUUCUAUUCUAUAUAAUAUGUACCGAAUAACAAUCAGAAGUGAACAAAAUUGUUCAUCUGUUUCGACAACAUACAAAAUUUGUGUUUUUUUUUUCAUUUUUGAAUAUUAAUUUUCAUUACUUUUAUUUAAUUUUACUAUACACAUUAGUUUUAUUAACAAUUAAAAUUUUUAGUUCUUAUAUUUUAUUCACGGGCAAAAAUAUUUUUAUAGUAUUAUUAUUUAAUGAUUUAAGAAGAAGUCGUUACCAGCAUGUGUUUUCAAUGUCCAACUUAACAUAGGUACUAAAAUGUGCAUUCAGGAGUUCAAAUUUUAUAUUGUUAGCAUAAAUAUUAGAACGAACUAACCAAUAGUUAUCAAACUUAAAGCUUAGAAACUAAAAGCAUUAUAUAUGUCUUCUUGUUAGUUUUUAUACUACAUUAAUUUUUAAGUAAAUUAUGAGUACCUAUGUACUCUAUAAUGCUCAUUAAAAAUGCUCAAAAAUUGAUUAAAAAAUAUAAAAAAUAGUAAAUGAAAGAUAUUAAAACCAAUAACACCAAAUUAGAUUUUCUCAAAUCAAAUUUGGUAUAUUGUAUAAUUUGUAAGACAGAGACAACACAUGCAAGGCGAAGUCCUCUUAAAACAAUAUAUUAUUAAAUAUUAUUCUUGUAAAAUGUGUUAAUUUAAAAUAUUUUUAUUUAAUUUGACAUUUUAGUAUUGUAUAUUUGUACUACUUGUCUUUUAGCCCAUUAACAUAUUAUUAUAAAGAACAAUGUAGUGUAUUAAUUAAUAAUUACUCUUAUUGUAUGACUGAUGUUACCAAAUCUGUAUACUAUGUGUGGGACUGGCUUUUAAUUCAUACAUUAAUUUUUUAGUUCUCAUGCUCAAUCAUUUAUUUUGUGUGUGUCAAUUUUAUAUUAUUAUACAUUCCAGUCUUCCAUGACUAUAUUAAUUAUAUUAUUAUAAUUUAUUUGUAUUACAUUAGCUAUAUUAUUAUAAUUUACAUCCUCGUAAUCCAACUUUAUGAUGCUCAUUAUUUAUUUAUCAUGAAAAAAUAGAUUAGAAAUUAUUAUAUAAAAAUAAAUAAUCGAUGUACAACAGCCAAAA